CUUUGGGCAGCCACGCUUGACUCGAGCGUCGUGGAUGUUCGCGGCCGCCCUCACGGCCCUCGCCAGCAGCUCGGCGUCGGGCAGCAGCCUGCCGCCCGUCGCGCGACGCCAGUCCUCGCGCCACUCUCGCAGCGCGGUCGCGAUCCCCGGCCAGAGACGGCUCUCGCAGCUCUCGCGGCUCCGCGGUGGCGCUGAGGACAAGGUGGACGGGCACUGCAUCGGGAUAGACCUGGGGACGACGUACAGCUGCGUCGGCGUGUGGCAGAACGGCCGCGUCGAGAUCAUCGCCAACGACCAGGGCCACCGCAUCACUCCGUCGUACGUCGCGUGGACGGACGACGACCAGAGGCUGAUCGGCGACGCGGCCAAGAACCAGGCGGCGUCCAACCCGCGCAACACCGUCUUCGACGCGAAGCGGCUCAUCGGGCGCAAGUUCGACGAGCCCGCGGUGCAGGCCGAUAUGGCGCACUGGCCCUUUUCGGUCGUGGACAAGGGAGGCAAGCCCGCGAUCCGCGUCGGCGCGAGGGGCGACAAGGAGAUGAUGCCAGAGGAGAUCUCGGCGAUGGUGCUGUCCAAGAUGAAGCAGGUGGCGGAGGACUACCUCGGCGAGAAGGUCAAGUACGCGGUGGUGACGGUCCCCGCCUACUUCAACGACGCGCAGCGCCAGGCGACCAAGGACGCAGGAACCAUCGCCGGCCUCAAGGUGCUCCGCGUCAUCAACGAGCCGACCGCCGCCGCGAUCGCAUACGGCCUCGACAAGGCCAGAGGGGGAAAGGGCGAGCAGAACAUCUUGGUGUACGACCUGGGCGGAGGCACCUUCGACGUGACAAUGCUCUCCAUCGAGGAUGGCGUCUUUGAGGUCAAGGCGACGGCCGGCGACACGCACCUCGGCGGCGAAGACUUUGACCAACGCAUGAUGGCGCACUUUUGCAAGGCACUUUUGGCCGCGCGAGCAGAGGCCGUCCGCAGGCCGCCCGUCGCCCCGAGUGGCUGGAUCCCCCCCUCGCAGGUCUUCGAGCGCAAGAGCAAGCUCGACAUCUCUGCCGACCCACGCGCGAUGCAGCGGCUGCGGCGCGCGUGCGAGAACGCCAAGCGCACGCUGUCGACCGCGACGUCCGCGACGGUCGAGCUGGAGGCGCUCAAGGACGGCGUCGACCUGCGCGAGACAAUCUCGCGCGCGCGGUUCGAGGAGCUCUGCCUGGACUUGUUCAAAAAGACCAUGGCGCCGGUGACGCAGGUCCUCAAGGAUGCCAAGAAGAGCAAGGCGGAGAUCGAGGAGGUGCAGCAGCUGCUUACCGAGUACUUCAACGGCAAGGAGCCGAACAAGGGCAUCAACCCUGACGAGUCCGUGGCGUACGGCGCCGCGGUGCAAGGAGGGGUCCUCUCGGGCAAGGCGUCCGAGGACACAAAGGACCUGCUGCUGCUCGACGUGGCGCCGCUCUCGCUCGGCAUCGAGGCGAGCUCUCCCUCCCGAGCUCACCCGAGAUUAUACCCGAGAUUAUACUCGAGACUAUACCCGAGAGUGCGAAAGUCGCAGACCUUCUCGACGUACGCGGACAACCAGCCCGGCGUCUCGAUCCAAGUCUACGAGGGCGAGCGCCGCUUCACCAAGGACAACAAUAUCCUGGGCAAGUUUGACCUGAACGCGAUCCCGCCGAUGCCGCGAGGCAUGCCGCAGAUCGAGGUGACCUUCAACGUCGACGCGAAUGGUAUCCUCACCGUCUCGGCGCUCGAAAAGUCGAGCGGCAAGAAGCAGGACAUCACCAUCCGCGCCGAGAAGGGCCGCCUCUCCGACGAGGAGAUCGAGCGCAUGGUGAAGGAGGAGGAAGAGAACCGCGAGGCGGACGCCGCGUACGCCGCCAAGGUGGAGGCGCGCAACUCGUUCGAGACGUACGCGUACUCGCUGCGCAACACCUUCUCGGACGAGGCGACCAAGGCGAAGCUGCCCGAGUCGGAGGUGCAGAAGGCGACGGAGGCGAUCGACGCAGCGCUCGCCUGGCUCGAGGAGAACCAGUCCGCCGAGAAGGACGAGUACGAGGAGAAGCAAAAGGAGCUGCAAAACACAGUGCUGCCCAUUCUGCAGGCCGCCUCGGGCGGCGGCGACGCCGACGCCCCUGGCGGCGAUGCGAGUGGCGAGCCCACCGUCGAGGAGGUGGACUGAGAGACGGCUGGUGCGGGCGGGGAGCGAGGCAAUGAGCAGCUAUUCGAUCGCUCGCUCUCUCUCCGCGCCGGGGGCGCCCCCGGCGCCCCCCCCGUACGCAGAUUAUAGCGAGAUAGAGGAGUCUGAGUACUGAGAGAGCAACGAGGAGAAUUACGAUUCCGCCCC